AUGACGUCCAGGUUCCCGGCCGACAAGCCGGAAAAACUGCGCACCUUACUCUCCGGCCUACGAGAUACACCGCAAGAUUUAGACCCUUAUAAUGUCAAGGAUGUCCUGGCUUGGGCAAUGUCCCAGUCUCCUACGGGUGAUGGGCGGCACCACUGGUACUGCCACCGUGCAGGGGAUUUGUUGAAUAUGGCAUCCGCAUAUCUUCUGUGCAUGUUCUCGUACAGUAACAGCGAGAAGUGGAAGGAAAGGCUGGGUCUCGUGCUAUCCGGCUGCUGCGACUGUGUGCGAGGAUUACAGGAGGCGAAGCGGGAAACGCGACAUACGUAUCUAGGCAACUACGACUCUCAAACUGUGGACUACUUUAUCAAAGCCUUGAACGAAUGGGAGGCGCAACACGUCGCAAAGCGCCUAGGGGACGUUCUAGAUGGCACCCCUACAGCUACUUUAUGCGAUGCCCCCCUUCCUGUCGUCUACCACAUUGCUUCCAAUUUCGAUGUUAUGCGGGACUCAUCCAUCCUCUCCGCAUUGCAAAGAUGUCCACCGACGGACACGACACGAACCCUGCCCGGUUGGCCGUCUGCUACUCCUGCGCCGGGACUAUUCUAUCUCAGUCUACAUCGCGACGAGCACGUGCGAGUGUUUUUCACAAACCUCCUCCGCCUCUCCCCAAGCGUCCCAAUACCCGAUAAUGUUUUUGUGGGGUCAUACGUAGACGUGAUUCAAACGCUCUGCCAUAUAAUCACUACUUCGAACUCUGCCGCGGCCGGCAGCUCUCAACUUGACUCGACAUUUCCCUUUUCUGUUGAACCAAUCCCUCUUUGGGACGUUAUCAGGGUCCAGCUCCAAUACAUACCCGUCAAAUAUCUGCGUCCCAAUAAAGAGACUUCGCUAGACCUUGCAAACGCCAUUGUCGGCAGAUUACACGACGUCGGCUCUCACUUCGAGAAUGUACUCAGAUGCUUUCUUUUCACCAUCAAACGUCUCAACAGUGACUUUUGGAGGGAUCGUGGCGACGAUUAUCCGCAGAUGAUCUUUGAUUCCAUCAGAGGCAACUCCUCAUACUCCGGCCUGCUUCAGCCCAUGAGCGAGGACGAACGUCUUCCUUGGUAUCUUACUGGGCUCUUUGACUUUGCUUGGAGCAUCUGGUCUGUUCCGAGGUUCGGCGAUGUCUUCGCGACGAUGGUCGCGUUUCUCUGUGGAGAGUUGCAACAUGAACGCUUUAAGGACUCGAGGCCUUUGACCAUGGCAGCGGCUGCGAAGCUUGUAUCAGCAACCCUCAACAGGUCGGAGACUGCGACCACAGAUAGCAAAGAGCAGGUCAAAGCCGCCUUAUCUGCUAUUAGCGUCAAUGUGGGGCCCAUUGUUACUACUGCGUUGAGCCGGGAGACUCUGCAACCCAAGUGGAAGGUUGCUAGAAGUUUGGCGCAGGAGCUCAUAUACCAUGCAAUGCUCGAAGACGUCAAGAGCGUUCUGAAGUCGGUUCAAGGGCUCUCUAGCGCAUGGUGGUCUCUAAAGCGGGCCAAAGCGAAGCGCAGUGUGCCAGCAUUACCAUCCUGCGAACCUCCGGCCGUUCACGAGGGCAUUUGGUCGCAGUACUACGAUCGCUUGAUGGCCGACGAUGUCGACGGCAUGGCUCUCCUCCUCCGAGCAGUUUCGCCGGUCUCACACCUCGACCAACUCAUGAAGCAGGCAUACCAUCCCCUGCUCGAGGCGAAUAGGGAGACGAAAGCGGCUUUCGAUGGAGUCAAUCGUGGCCUGGAGGUCUUUCGUGAGAGACUACCGCAGGCGCUGAACGUCUUCGAGAACCGCAACGGAGUCAAGGUCGUGGAGUUGUUCCAGCGGGGUGGAGCAGUCCAAAAUCUCAUUGAGCUGAUGCUAUGCCCCGUCGACGACAUUCGCACCGCAGCCGAGUCGCUUGCUGGUCGGCCUUACGACUUCGACGUCCGAGUCGAUUGCUUCCGCGGGCUUAUUGAGCACUUCCCCGAGCCCGCCGUCAAGGGCAUCCUGGCGUUCAUCGACUCAUUCGUCAAAUACAUUCCCACGGCAGUGGAGGCUUGCAUGCUCUCCAGCGCGACCGUUCAAUGCCUCGCGGACAUCCUCAGCGUUUUGGUCGACCAACCAGACGGCCUUCUCUACGACGAGAAGUUCUUGAAGGGACAGGUCGAUUUCAGGCCAGCAACGCGUAUGCCAGAGCUCUGGAACUUGAUGAACAAGGCCCUCGCGACUAUCUUCCAGUAUACACCACAGUGGUCGAUGUUCGUCGAAGACACCCAGUGGAUGGUCAACUGGAUGCGUGACGCGGUGAUCAUGGGCGAGGCAAUGGUCAGCAAAUGGCGCCAGUUUGAGGACGCAAUCGUUCGGUCGACCUCCGAAGGCUCGACCACACGUGGUCUGUCGCGUACAGGGCGUAAUAUGCUCAAAGACCUACAAAUCAUGCUCGCGGACCUCACCCGCUGGUUGCGUUUGACGGACUCAGAGCUUCUACGAAGAUCGUUCGAGUUGAUCAAGCGUGUACUCGGCGUAUUCGAGGAGGCCGGUACGACACCCAACUCAGAGUCGGUGGAUCGCAUCAGACGCGAUAUCAAGCGCUGGAUGGGGAAGCCGGACUCUAGUCGCCUCGACAAGAAACAGUUACAAGAGCUUUUGGAGAUCGCCGACUCUCUCGCAGACGACGAGCCUCAAAUCAUCGAUAACGAAGUCGAGAUCAUCGAGGCACCCUCUAAACAGCGCAAACUUGAUUUCGGCGGGAAGUCCGCGACGCCUGAACCAUCCACCUCCAAGGGCCUGAAGCCAACAGGUCGCUCACAGCUGUCCAUCAAGGAUUUUGCCAGCUCGUCUUCGCGCAGCUCGGAGUCGCGCGGGCUCAAACCAGCCACAAAGCCUCCUCCACCCGCACCGCCGAAGGCCAAGCCCUCGGCGUCUACAUCUUCGCACAAGGCGACCUCUUCGCUCAUGAAGGAAGCUCAGGCCUCAUACCACAAGGCCCAACGUCUGUCCGCGCGCGAGGAGAAGAAGCUGAGCGCCGCAGCCGCUCCACGCCCUAAACCGUUUCAACCGGCGAGGUCAGGAUCGCGCGCGAGCUCAGAUGCGUCUGGUCCGUCAGACAACGACGCCGAGGAUGCAUCAUCAUCAGGGAGCGAUGGUGAAGGAGGUCUUGCCUCGCUCAACACCCUCAAGAAGACGAAGCAGAAGCGCAAACGGCAAGCUGAGCCUGAGCGACGGACGAUGCUUCUCGGCAUGGACAACAUCCCUGGUGCAGCACGAUACGGCCGUGGCGCGUUGUCGGCGAGAGACGAGGCUCGGCGCAAACGACAGCGUACGCGCCCGGACGUGUCGGAGCUGCAUAAGGCUAUUCUUUCGUGGGAGUAUGAGCACGACGGGCCGGUACCACCCGGUACACCCCUCAAGACACAACAGGUCCGCGAUGUAUAUCGCACGUAUUGGGACUUCCGGACCACGUUUGAACCCCUCCUUCUACUGGAAUGCUGGGCGCAGCUGGUUCAGAGUCGCUCGGAGAAGCAGGAGAAGUACGAGGCGCAGAUCACGUCGCGUCAGUACGUCGACCAGUGGCUUGAUCUGGACGUUUUCAUCGAGGAGAGUCUUGCGCCCGGUUGGAGUUUGAACGAGACCGACAUCGUACUCAUGCGCCACCCGACCAGUCGGAAGUCGAUUCUCGCAAAGACGAACUCGUACAGGACCGUCCGUGGGAACAAGGUUGGCGUGCAUGCGACGUUGCGUUGUUGCCUGGCAGGACGCCCAGAUCCUGGACUCAAUCCCAAUACGAGAUGGCAGAUUAGCAAGGCGUUCAGCUUGGCCACUGUACACCGCGAGUUCGGCGCCCUCGUCUCCCUCGAGUUCUACGAUCACUGUCCAUUCAUUCUCUCUCCCAAGUUACCGAUGCCCAGUAGGGUAGAUGAGGGCGAGGUAGACAGGACCAUGCGCAAGUACAGUCUGAACGAACCGCAAGCCCGCGCAAUCGUGUCAGCGCUACGUUCAGAAGGUUUUGCGCUUAUACAAGGUCCUCCGGGUACAGGAAAGACCUCGACCAUCUGUAGCCUGGUGGAGGCGUUCAUCGCACAGCGUUCUGGUACCAGCACCGUCGUGACUGCUGGACGCACCGCUGCGCCCACGGAUAAGACACCCGUGAAGAAGAUCCUCAUCUGCGCUCCAAGUAACGCUGCUAUCGACGAAGUGGCCAGCCGUAUACGCGACCGCGGUAUCAGCGCACAGACACCGAUCAAGGUUGUCCGUAUCGGCGCGGAGAAGGCGCUGAACGUUAGCACGAAGGAUCUUGCGCUGGAUGCUCUCGUUGACGAGCGCUUGGGAGGAGAUACUGCUAUGAAGGGCAAUGAUGAGUACGCGCGCGUUGCAUCCGCGCUACAGGCUGUCAAAGCGGCGAUCCUGGAAAAGGAGAACGAGGCCAGCAUUGUCGUGGACAACACGGCGCGCUUGCAGGUUCUGGAGUCGGAUCGAAGCGCUCUGCUCAACAAGCGCCGUGAUCUCUCUAAGCAGUUGAACGUCAUCAAGGACAAGAACCAGAACGAGAGCCGCACACUUGAUUCGAGGCGGCGUGACGCCCGCGCGGCUAUCCUUGCCGAAGCUGAUGUCAUUUGUGCGACGUUGUCCGGCGCUGGCCAUGAUAACCUGGACGUCCUCGAGUUUGAGAUGAUCAUCAUCGAUGAAGCGGCACAGGCUAUUGAGCUUAGCACGCUCAUCCCUCUUAAGUUCGACUGCAAACGGGUGGUCAUGGUUGGAGACCCUCAACAGCUGCCUCCGACAGUCAUCUCCAAAGAGGCUACGCGCUACAUGUACAACCAGUCCUUGUUCGUGCGACUGCAGAAGCAGCGCCCGGAAGCGGUCCAUUUGCUCAGUAUCCAAUAUCGUAUGCACCCAGAGAUCAGCGUCCUUCCAAGCCAGCUCUUCUACCAAGGGCGCCUCCAAGAUGGCCCCGAUAUGGCCGAACGCACAAAGCGCGUCUGGCAGGACAACCCUCGCUUCGGCAUCUACCGCUUCUUCAACAUCGUCGGCAGUCAAGAGACGAACGUCGGGUUCUCCGCUACCAAUCCCAUGGAAGUACAGACUGCCGUGCAGCUCUUCCGUCGUUUGACGAGGGAGUUCUCCACGAUCGACUUUACGUCGCGCAUCGGGUUCAUCAGUCCGUACCGGGAGCAGGUCAAGGCGCUACGAAUAGCUUUCAGGAAGAACUUCGGGGAUGAUGUGGCGGGCGCUAUUGAUUUCAACACUGUUGAUGGUUUCCAAGGACAGGAGAAGGAGAUUAUCAUCCUUUCUUGUGUGCGUGCUGGACCGGGUCUGGAGAGCAUCGGUUUCUUGAGGGAUGUCCGUCGGUUGAACGUCGCCAUCACUCGUGCCAAAUCGUCGCUCUUCAUCCUCGGGCAUGCGCCCACGCUCGAGCGCAGCGACGAGAAUUGGCGACACAUGGUUCAAGACGCUCGGAGUAGACAACUCUUCACAGACGUCGACGGAUCAUACUUCACCGCUUCCGGACCGCCGAAGGCGCGCCCAUCAUCCAAAGCCGUUCCUCCCCCACCACCUCCGCCGCUGCCCAAGCCCGACGUCCCGCUUGUACCCGCAGGCUCCUCGAUGCCCGCUCUGAUGACCCCAAGCCAGAUGCGCACGAAAUCAUCCCAGGGCUCAAUCCCGUCUGCGCCCUCUGCGCCAGAACUCGACGGCGGUGACGUCCCGCCACCAUCAGCGCCAACAGACGCGGGCGCCUCGAAGAAGCGCCCGUUACCUGCGGAUAGCGGGCCGACGAAACCGGGCGGUGGGCCGCCACAGAAGAAGGCGAAGCCGACGGUGAAGACGAAGGAUAAGACAAAGUCGUUGUUCAUACCGAAGAAGAAGUGA